GAGAAGAUGGCCUCUACUAGUAGAAGAAGGAAUCGCCCUGCAACCAAAUUAACGGAGGAUGUUGUGGCCGAGAUCCUCUAUCGACUGCCUGCGAAAUCCUUCUUCCGAUUCCAAUGCGUCUCCAAGUCAUGGCUCGCCCUCACCUCUGACCCUUUCUAUCAGAGCAAGCUCCCAUGCACUGUGUCCGGUCUCUUCUACAACGUGAGACCUGCACUCCCCGACCGGUCGCCAUUUCUCUUCAAGAGGUCGACCAGCGCAUACAUCAAACUAUCAACCGUUUGCACGCUUGAACCUACGCUCAGCUUCUUGGCACCUCCUGAAAAUAUUCGGAUCGUGGACUGUUCCAAUGGUUUGAUUCUCUGCAGCACAUGGAAUCCACGUUCACUUCUCUCUACAUACUUUGUCUGCAACCCUGCCACUAAGAAAUGGGCUGCUCUCCCUGAACGUUUUGGAAGACUUCGAAAACUAGUGCUGGCUUUCGAUCCCCGACGCUCGCCUCACUACCAUGUCAUUCACUUCAAGAAAAGUCGGGGAUCAACCGAGCUUGAAACUUAUUCAUCCAAGACGGGGAAGUGGGGCGAGUGCCAACCACUGUGGGACAACGAUUCCGUUCGAAUUCUCCGCUCACCGGGGGUCUACCAUGAAGGAAUUAUUUACAAGUUAGCUUAUACUCACAACCUUCUCAUGGCAGUUUAUCUUGAGAGAGAGGUUCAUCGGAGGAUCGAGCUACCAAGUUCCACGGACCACGGACACAUGAGGUUUUCCCUUCAGAACCGAUGUAUUGGGCUCUCUGGGGGUUACCUGCAUUAUGCCCAUAAAGGUAAAACUGAACUGCAAAUUUGGGUUCUCAAGGAUUUAGAUAAUAACCAAUGGAUUUUGAAGCAUCGUGCUGAUAUCAAAACCAUAGUUGAGAUGAAUCAAGGUGAGAUGGCUCUGCAUCAGUUAUCCCCGUUUUCCAUUGGCUACUUUGAUAUAUCGGCAUUCCAUCCGGAUGGAAAUAUUGUCUAUCUACAAGUUCUUCGUAAACUCUUCGCCUACAACUGGAACAAUGCUCGCUUGGAAGAGGUUUGUGCCUUCGGUCAUGGCCGCCUUCUAGGUCUUUUUGUCUAUACGCCUUGCUUUUCGGAUUGCUUCAGAAAUGAUGGUAUUUAAUGCAUUGGUGAUGAUGGAUAUUAUGCUUUCUGUUUGCUAGGAUUUGC